AGGGAAAUAAUUAUUUUUGUUUUUCGCGGUGUGUCAACUCAUGCGCUUUCUUCUUGCUGGUCAAACCUGCUGCUUCAUCACCUCGUUGUUUAAAAAAAAAAAAAAAAAAGAGGAGCAAGAAGAGCGAGUCGAGCCAGCGGUUUCACGAGAUCAGAACAACCAGCAGUACACGUGAACGCUGCUCUCGUGGCAUGACUACCACAAACAAGGGAAACAAGGCCUUAAAGGUGAAGCGGGAGCCUGGGGAAAAUGGCACCAGCCUAACAGAUGACGAGCUCGUCUCCAUGUCUGUGCGCGAACUGAACCAACAUUUACGGGGGCUGACGAAAGAAGAAAUCUUGCAGCUGAAGCAGCGGCGGCGCACGCUGAAGAACCGCGGCUACGCCGCAAGCUGCCGGGUGAAGCGCGUCACCCAGAAAGAAGAGCUGGAAAAGCAAAAGGCUCAGCUGCAACAAGAGGUGGACAAGCUGGCCACGGAGAACGCCAGCAUGAAGGUGGAGCUGGACGCUCUGCGUUCAAAGUACGAGGCCCUCCAAAGCUUUGCUAGGACUGUGGCCCGCAAUCCCGUCACUUCGGCAAGGGGACCUAUGGCCUCUGUGAUAGGGCCCCUCAUCCCUGGUAAAGUAGCCGCCACCAGCGUCAUCACCAUCGUCAAAUCCAAAACCGAGGCUAGGUCAUAGUAGCCAAAAGAGCAGGAAGAAGAUUUUCAAAACUUAACUAAUUAGUGCAUUGUA